CGUCACAUUUUUUUAUAAAAAUCUGUGUAUAUUUAUCGAAUUCGAAGAAAAUUAUAUACACCUCUCUGUAUAUAGCCGUCACCGUUUUAAAUCUCCAAAGCCAUCUCUCUGUUUCGAUCGAAUCAGCUGUUUCAAUGGAGGGAUUGGCCAUCGGAGCAUCUCGACCGUCGAUUUCGUGUUCGUUGCAAGGCUUCGGCGGCUCGGAACGAUCUCAGCCGUCCACCGUGAGGCUCCCGCCGGCGAAUGUCGCCGACAACCCUAAACUGGUCGCGAAAUCGACUUCUGUUCUUCCCAUCUCCGCCGUCAACGUGUCGGCCAACGCUUCUUUGACGGCUGAUUUUCCCGCCCUUUCAGAUGAGAAGGUGGCCGAGACAGGAACCAAAAGGAAAUCGUCGAAUAUAGUUUGGCACGAGAGUUCAAUCUGCAGAUGCGACAGGCAGCAACUUCUCCAGCAAAAGGGCUGCGUCAUCUGGAUCACUGGUCUCAGCGGUUCAGGGAAAAGCACAGUGGCUUGUGCGUUAAGUAAAGCGUUGUACGAAAGAGGCAAACUUACUUACACUCUCGACGGAGACAACGUUAGGCAUGGCCUGAACCGCGACCUCACCUUCAAGGCAGAGGAUCGUACCGAAAACAUCCGUAGGAUCGGGGAAGUGGCUAAGCUCUUCGCGGACGUGGGCGUGAUUUGCAUCGCGAGUUUGAUUUCGCCGUACCGGAGGGACAGAGACUCGUGCCGGUCGUUGUUACCGGAGGGAGAUUUCAUCGAAGUAUUUAUGGACGUGCCACUCCAAGUUUGCGAGGCAAGAGAUCCAAAAGGCUUGUACAAGCUCGCUCGAGCCGGCAAGAUCAAAGGGUUCACUGGAAUCGACGAUCCUUACGAGCCACCGUUGGAUUGUGAGAUAGUGCUGAAACACACGGGGGAUAACUACUCUUCGUCCCCACGAAAGAUGGCAGAGACCAUAAUAUCUUAUCUGGAAAGCAAAGGCUACCUUCGGGGCUAAAAAUAAAUAAAUUCAUUUCAUGUUUCAAUCCCCAUCCACAAGUUUCCUAUUGGAUGAUUUAUCUGUUUGUAAUACGACGUCGCUUUUGUUCAUCUUGCUUCAUUUGUUCUUACAUAUCCAGAGGAAAAUGUGCCAGAAAAAAAAAAGUGUUAAGACAUCUUAUUAGGGUUUUGUCUGCUAGAGCGAGAUUAAUAAAAAAUAAAAAAGAAAGAUGGGUUGUACGUGCCAUCUAUCUUCUAUA